AUGAAGCGCUUCAUGGCCCUGGCUGUUCAGUGGGCCUCAGGGUGCGGGUGGGGGACGUCCUUGCCUCCUGCACAAGAACUGCAUGGACGCCGCCUUUCCCGGCCUUGGGGUGCAGCUCCUCGGCUCAAGAGUUCCAGCUGCAACGCCCCUGCCCCGUGUGUAUUGACGUCGCCUUUCUCGUUGCGCUCCCAGCCUAGGCAGUGGACCCUGCCCUUCAGUCUCCGAGGACCCCAGCCGGCCCGCGACCCCCUCCGCCAGCUGGCCGGUUGCUCCUAUUUCGCACUGCGCCGCAGUUUGGCAGUCGCCCGGGAAGGGUGGGGACUCUGCCCGCCUGAUCCGCCCUCAGCGUCCUGGCCCCGCUUGGCCCCUCCCCGCGGACGCGGGUCCCCUCUCCCUUCCGCCCCACCCUGCUCAUCCCCCGCGUCUAUAAGAGCCACCGGGGAGAGCACAAGCCAAGCAGUGGCGUCGGCCCGGGCAAAGCGACAGACCGGAGGGUCUCAGAGCGGACACUUGGGCCCCUGCCAGACUUCACAGGUCCCUCGCCUCGACCCUGCACGAGUCACCGCCGGUCCUCAAGCCCCGCAGCUCCUCCGGGCCCCCUCCUCCUCCUGCAGCGCAGACGCGAGGGACACGGUGGCCUCGGGCAGCGCGCAGAGCGACUUUGACUACUGGGACUAUGCUGCCCCUGAACCCAACCUGCAGCAGGCGGUGCUUGAGGAGCCUGCUUGCCAGAGCCUGGCUGCAAUGCUGGAGCAAUACCUGUCCAGGUCCAAGCAGACCAAACUGGGCUGCUCCACAGUCCUGGUGCCUGAGCGGCUGACCCGACGCAUCGCCCAGGAUGUCCUGCGGCUGUCGUCCACAGAGCCCUGCGGCCUUCGGAGCUGCGUGAUACAGGUGCAGCUGGAGGCGGGCAACGUGUGCAAGAGGCUGGGCUGGAUCGUGUGUGACACUAGGAUGGCACCCACAUUCGAGCUGACACUGGUGUUCAAGCAGGACCCCAGCUCCUGGGGUAGCUUGAGGGACGUCUUCAGCAGAAGCUGCCUCUCCUCCAGCCUGGGGCGCACGCUGAUCCUCAGCCCAGGCUUCCGACUUGUAAAGAAAAAACUGUACUGUCUGCUGGGACCCACAGUCGCUGAAGAGUGCUAGGAAGAACACGUGUUCUGGGAGUUCUUUGGGGAUCGGGUGAUAAAACUCUGCAGCUGCUCAGGCACAGGCAUCUGCCAUGUGCUCUGCUGCCCUCAGCGAAAUUCAGUUAGGCCAUUUCUUUCCACUUGUCAUUAGAGACAGGGGUGCUCAGCUUUAGGGGUGAUUCUAUGGCUUUUAAAAAAUAACCCAAGAAAGUACAUUUUACACGUAUAUCAUGUUUUUAUGGGCUUUUUACCUACUUAGAUUUUGUUUGACUCCACAACCUUCUGUAGGCAUUCUUGGGAACCAGGUGUUCCCAGCAUGACUUUCACAGUGCUUUUCCUCCAAGUGCCCCCAAACUGUAGCCAGUGAUGCUCAGUUCCCGGGAAAUCCAGAAGCUCAGCUCAGCUUCUGCUCACAGGAAAAGUUCUGAGGACUCCCCUGGGUGACAGUGAGUGAGACACGUCACAGUGGCCCACAGUGGCCCACACUGGUGCCGUGCCCCCAUCCGAGUGACUCCGAAGACUCAUUUGUACGGAGCUCAGCCCUCCUCCUCCAGUACUGCACAUGCUCUGCACUAGAUACUUGGCAGGGUCACCCUUUCUGUGUCACACUUAGUUGGUGCCAUCCAGGGAGCAGUGACUACGGGGCCAGGAAGAUGGGAAGGAGUUGGCAGCGCAGUCCCGUUCAGUCCUGCCGGGCAGCGGGGUCUGGAACCUGAGUGAGGUGGGGAGGGCAGGGUUCUCCCAGCCUAGUCCAAGAGAGAAGCGCAGCAUUGUGCACUCCACAGUUAGUGAUCGGAUGUUGCAGUCCACAGGGCAGAGGUGCGGCUCACACUUCCUGAUGGAGACCGCAGCUCACGUCCCAGAGCCCAACACCACCAGCUCCCUCCCACCAUGAAGUAAUAAAAGCCUUAGUUUUUCCUCUUA